GCAAAACUAAACUUGAAAAAUCACUGAAGGAUGCAAAGGCAAAAAUUGAGCUUCUGGCAGAAAACCUGCAGGAAACACAAACAGAUCUCAAGCUAAAAGAGGAAAACAUCAAGGAACUCCAAAAGCAAAAUGACCUCACGAUUUCAGAGUGUCGACAACUCAAGGACUGAACUGACAUUGACAAAGAAGCAAGCUGAGAAGAAAAGCCACGAAUCGGAAAUCCAGAAGGCCCUGUUGGAGCAGAAGACUCGCGCGAGUGAGGAGAAUGUUUCAAGGCUGGAGGCUCUUCUGAGCGAGACCAUCGACGAGUUAAACGAAACACGCGCUCAGUUACAGGGUGAGGCUAGCAAGAGUCCAGCAAGAGAGACAGACAGCCCUCGGAGUGGCCACCACGGCUUCGUUAUGGACCCCUCGCCACCACGCUCUCCCGACGGCCCUGCCUGCCCUGCCUGCCCUGCGCUGGAGCAAAACUCGGAGGACAUUUCUCCCGGGACCGGCGUGCAGAAGGGAAUCAUUACGGGAGGCCACGCGCUUCACAACAAUAUAACGGCAUCGACGCCUGCACCUUGCCCGGCAAACACAGAAGACCCUGCGGUGGCUGCGAGCAUCAACCUGACGGAUUGCGACGAUGUCCCUCAGGAGAGUGGAGAGCAAGGGCACGGGAUUGAAGGUGAACGCGAAUGGCUUCCCGCUCCUGAAUGCAACUCGAGCGAGACGCGACAGCCAGUGGAUCCGGGUGACGUCAACCAACAGCUGGAGGCAGAUACAAACGGACACGCUGCAACUCGAGGGAGGCUCCUGCCACCGUCGAAUGAAAAGUGGAGUCCCGUGCGGUCCGUCCGCCCCGAGCCUGCCGCUCGACGACCAAACGACUUCGCCUGCGCUGAUGCCGGUGCCCGGCUCUCACCCGCGGCGUCGGGGCCACAGCGUGACCAGGUGUACGCAGGCCUCGUGAGGUUCCACGAGUCUCUGAGCCGCGUGCUGCGAGAGUCAGGGACUUCUGCGGAGGAACUGCUGCCUCCUGUCCCGGCCGUGGAGUUCGUUUCUGGGGAGUUACCGGCACUGCCCUGUCGGCUUGAGCUCUACAGCCAACAGCUUCUGACGAGCGCUCUCACAGCGAUUCAACAACUGUGCAGUUCUGAAUCUGCCUUCUCUUGCCACGAAAACACCAUUCAGAAUACCUUGAGAGCGGAACUGCAAACAAGGCUGCAAGGAUUGGAGAACCGUGCAGGGGGCAUGAGACAUCAGCACAUCGUGGACUCGCGCGAGGAGGCAGAGAUGUCCCAGGCGAAGGAAGUCGUUCACCCACUACAGAGAGAACCGAACCACGAUUGUGGACAAGCAACACGGCCCGAAGACCUGGAGAAGUGUCGCGUCACUGCUGAUGACGUCCUGCAGGUGGAAGCUGGGCAACACGGCUGCAUCCACUUCACGUGGAUGGACUUGCAGCACAACGCGAUGGUCCUCAAACGCGGCCUCCGGGACGGGCGACUGCAUCCUCGCGUGUGCGAGGUGCUUGUGAAUGCCAUGGAGCAGUACACCAAGCUACAGAGAGAGAGGCUGGCCUGCCUCGUUCACAAGUACCGUGUCCAAGUCCAAAACAAGCGUAUGGAACAGAAUCUGCGAUCAUGGGGAGAGACAAGUUUCAUUGUCUCGAGGGUCCGAAACAACUUGUAUAACCACCGAAAGGAGUGGACCUCGAUUUGGAGCCGGAGGCUGAAGAUUCUCGGGGCGGAGCGGCAGCGGACCGCCGGCUUCCUCACGGCGUGCAUGAGCGUUGUCGAGACGCAUUGCGGCCUCUUCUUGCGGAAGCCUCUCCUUGCCUCGCCAGACAGGUCACUACGUUUCAAACCAGGAAAAGAAUACCGAACACAUCUGGUUUCGCGUACACGUGCUCCUCUGAUGUGCCAGCAUAAUAAACCUGCAACAGAUGGAUACACAAGCGAGUCGAAUACUAAAGACGCGCAAAGGUCAAAAUCCAUCAACGUAACGGGCAGCUCUGCGUGCCAAGCCAUGGACUCCAGAGACUGGUGGCCAUCACGUGCUCCGGUGCCUCCUGAUUUUGCCGGUGACGAGGAACGUCCGGCACCAACCACGUGCGUGGAUUUGCCGAGAAUCCAACAGAUGGACCUGUGCCGCGUCGUCAUUGGCCACCAAAAUGUCAGUUCCAGGUUGCCUGACAUCAACAAGCCUACGGAGAGGAGACCACGAGUAUUGUCACACGCCGUUUACCUGAGAUCUUACUUUCCUGUGAUGAGUUCGACUGCAGGCCAGCAAUAGUCCUCAACGUUCAGAUGCACCCAGCAGCAAAGUUCUCCCUUCCAUUCAAAUUCCUUCACCUGCUGUCAUGAAAACAUCUGAAUGAGGACCCUGGUGCAGAAAAUAUGAAAAAACCUCUUGACUUCAAUUGUAUUUGUCUUUGAGCGAUUGUACUUUUCUAUAAUGAAUAAAUACGUACAUGUAGUCUGGCCUUUCUGUCAGUUCACUACUGGAUCAAGGCCUUUCUGCGCCGUGUUGGUUACGGGGAUUG